AUGGCGACUCUUCAGGGAUCUGGAGUCCCCAAGAUGAAACUGGAGCCACCCGACCAGACUGUAAAGUUGGAGCCCAUGGACGAGUCGCCAUCUCCGUACGUCGAAGAAGAAGAUGAUGAUAUCUACGAGGAUACUGGAGAUCUGGACUUUUCUCGCGCACAGCAACCGUUGUGGUUGAGCCACAUUCCUCGAACGCUAUGGGAGGCCUUGUCGAAGUUACAAGAUGACGACGAGAUCGAGAUCGGAACAAUAAGAGUGGAAGGACCGGAGUCCAACCCUUCAAGAGUCAGCAUGAAGCUGAACGCGCUCCCAGCACUGGCGAAUGAACCGAAAGAGUAUAACCUUUUCCCCCCUCCGAUCGAGAAAAUGAGAGCCCGCAGGCCGGGACAGGCGAUGGUAUUCUCGGAGAAAGAUCUGCCUGGCUACAAACCCCGAGCUUUUGGCUGGGACGAAAUCGACGAAGAAGGAAACCCAGGUCAAGGACGGUCUUUUCUAUACGAGAGGCACAAACGGGAGAUAAAGAAGAAAGAAAACAAGGGUCGAUAUACACCAUAUACCCGGCGCCCCAUUCCCAAACAGACCGCUAUUGUCGGAACAGUUGCAAAGGAAGUCGAGGCUACUCCCGUCAAGAACGAUGAAUAUUUCGAGCUUGAGAACAAACGGGCCGCCGAGAUGCUCAAGCCACCUGAGCGGGACACUGCUGUCUUCGCGACUGGCGAUGAGGAUCCGUCGAAGAAACAUACGCCGUUCAUGACCAUGACCGACAAGGCGAAUGUACUCAAGAAUGCACAGGCACGGAGAAAUGCACAGAAGGAAACUCGUGCGGCGCGGGUCGAGAAGCACGUGCUCAUCGACAAACUUAUGGACCUCUUCCGACAGCACCGGAUCUGGGGUCUACGCGAUCUCAAAGCAAGAGUUAACCAACCAGAGGCGUACUUGCGCGAGACAUUAUCCGAGAUUGCGUUCAUGUGGAAGGCUGGGGAUUUCAACGGCAAAUGGGAACUCAAGGAUGAAUUUAAGAGUGAUGCCAUGUUGCUGAAUCCUCCGAGUGCAGUGGCUCCCAAAGUUGAGGAUUCUGAUAUGGAUAAAUCCGGGUUAGACGAAGAGGAUGAGGAUGAAGUUUUCGAGGAUGUCGAGGCAUGA